UCGAACCCUGCUGUCGACGCUCUGAUUCUUCUUCCUUUUCCCCUUUUUUUUUCACUUUUGAGUUAACUCUAAUCCUCGCUGCCUGAAAUUGAAAUUGGAGAGAUCCAUGGACCGUAGUAACUAACACCAGGCGGCCACUAGCCCACAACUAUUGUUUUGUGGGGUUGCUGCUGGAAUUGUUGGUUGCCGGCGGCAUGGAUCCGAGGGUAGAGAGCUUUGUGAUGGUGCACAACAUAGCUAAGAGGCACAACGUGGGGACGCUGGCUCGAAGUGCGACGGCAUUCGGGGUUUCGGAGCUCAUUCUCGUGGGCAGGAGAGACUUCAAUGCUUUCGGCAGUCAUGGCUCCACCUCUCAUCUUCGCUUCCGACAUUUCCACUCCCUGCACGACGCUCGCCUCUACCUCAAGGAGAGAGAUUGCGAUAUCUGUGGUGUUGAGAUUACUGAUGGGGCGGUUGCUGUAAAUCAACAUCCAUUUCGGAAGAGUACCGCUUUCCUUCUCGGUAACGAGGGGACUGGUCUUUCAACUAAGGAAUGUGAGAUAUGUGACUUCUUUGUUUACAUUCCACAAUAUGGGUCUGGCACUGCAUCAUUGAAUGUCACUAUAGCAGCUUCAAUCGUUCUGCACCAUUUUGGAGUCUGGGCAGGCUUCCCUGAAAGAACUCGUGAUGGAAACAAGUUUGUGGUGGCUGAGAAACCCGCGAAACAGGUUAGACGAAACUACUGUGCAGAUACAGCUGAGUCAGUUAUUGAGGAGCGAAAAAUUAGGAAAGAAAAUGCUUCUCAUAAUUUCUUUGAUAUGAAUGGAAGUGAUGAUUCCUCAUCAAUGCUGGAUACAUUGUUUGGUGGUUAGAUAUAGAAUUAGAAGGGCACAAGUGACAUUUUUUCUGACUCAAAAUUUGAAGGAGGCCUUUGACAUAUGACAUUAUCAAGCAUUGGGGUUCCAUAUUUAAUUUCCUAUCAAAGAGGGAUAUGACUGCCUAUGAGCCAGCAGUGAUGCUGGAAAAAAAAGGGUGUUGUUUUCAAUCCAUGGUCUGAGAGAAUCACCUUGGUUACCAUGUGGAAUCCUGGACCUUAAAGGUUUCAUCAUGGUGAUUGUUGUGAUCACAACCGUCUGUAUGAAAUUUUCUGUUCCAUAUAAAAAUUAUGACGUGGAGGUUUGAUCAGACCAUAUUUCAUGUUAAAAACAAAAAACCGGUGUCACUGGCAAGGUCUGACUUAGUAGCCAGUGGCUGGAAACAGCAUACUUGAUUUCCAAUUCCACAAUGUCAAAUUUAUUAAGUUGUGACUUAAGUUUUUUGGUAAUCAAGUCAUGACUUGAUACAAUAGCAAUUCUGUUUUGAAAACAAGUUAUCUGUUAUUCUGUAA